AACUGCAUCCAACUGGUCUCACCCGCAAAACCUCCAACAACCCCAAACCACCAUGAAGUUCUUCGUUGCCUUCUUCGCCCUGGUUGCCCUGGUCGCUGCCCAGGAGCUCUACACCAACAAGUUCGACACCGUGGACCUAGACGAGAUCCUCAAGUCCGACCGGCUCUUCAAGAACUACUACCAGUGCCUGCUGGACGAGGGCCGUUGCACUCCGGACGGAAACGAGCUGAAGCGGGUGCUGCCGGAAGCGCUGGAGACGAACUGUGCCAAGUGCAGCGAGAAGCAGAAAACCGCCGGAAAUAAGGCCUUCAAGUACCUGGCGGCGAACCGACCGACCGAAUGGAAGGCGCUGCUGGCCAAGUUCGACCCGGAGAGCAAGUACACCGCCAAGUACUCCGACGCUGCUUAAAGUUCCCGGCAAAAAUCUGGACUUCUG